CUCUUGCAUUUCUCCAACUCUUGGGCCCUUCCUCAAAUUUCAAAUGGAGGCUCCCGUCAGGAGAUUGGCUUCUUCCGCUCUCCAUCGCCACCUCCUCCUCCACCAAUCGCUGCAAACGAUCCACCCCCCAUUCCCAUUCCUCGGCCGCCGCCGCGCGGUUGCCGCGCGAAGCCGCUCCUUCUCCGUCGCUUGCGUCCACUCUCGGCCUCCCCCCUCGCCGGGCUCGAAAUCCCUCAACCUCCCUUCGCCUCUCUCCCCACUCCACCGCUCGCCCAAUCCCGUGCCUCCGGGCGCCAACGGAGGCCCAUUCGCGAGCGCGCGCGACAGCUCCUCCUUCGCCUGGAGCUUAGCUCCGGCGACCUCCGACGGCCCGAGGGACGGGGUCCGUGUCGACGGGGGCCCCACCGUGACCGUUGUUUUGUUGGGCUGGCUUGGAGCGAAGCGGAAGCACCUGAGGAGGUACGUGGAGUGGUACAACUCCAAGGGGUUCCACGCGGUCACAUUUAUCGUCGGCGUCGGGGAGAUGCUUUCGCUGGACUUGGGUCACGGCGUCGAGGGCCGGAUCAACGAGUUGGCGAGUGAACUGAUCGCUUGGGUUUCGGAGAGGGAGGAGGACGGCGGAGAGCGUUGUUUGCUCUUCCACAGCUUCAGCAACACCGGGUGGUUUGUGUAUGGUGGGAUACUGGAGAGGAUGCGUUGUAGGCUGGAUUUGAUUGAGAAAAUCAAAGGCUGUAUCAUUGAUUCUGGAGGAGCCGAACCCUUUAAUCCAAAGGUUUGGGCCGCCGGAUUCUCUGCUGCUCUGGUAAGAAAAAGUAGCUCGUCAGUUGAGGGAAAAGAUAUGCAUGCAUCCAACAAUGGAGGAUCAAACAAACAAGAAGAUGAGGGGAUAAUUGAAACAGCGGUCCUUUCAGCUUUGGAAUGGCUGUUCUCUGCUGUUCUGAAGUUGCCCGAUGUGGAGAGGAGGCUUACGAAAAUAGUCAAUAUCCUCUCUGAGGCGCAGCCACAUUGUCCCCAGCUCUACCUCUAUAGUACAGCCGAUAAAGUAAUACCAUAUGAAUCCGUGGAGUCGUUUAUGGAAACUCAGAGGAGGAUGGGAAGAAAAGUGUCCUCUUUCAACUUUGGAUCAUCUCCUCACGUGGACCACUACAGGACAUUUCCUGAUCUAUACAUGUCGCAGAUCGAGAAUUUCAUAAAAGAAUGUCUUGCUCCAGUAAGUGAAUCCUGCAAACGAGGAUGAGACCUAUGACAUUGGUCGCUCUUCGCACUCUUCAUGCUGGUAAACUCACCAAUUCAUGUCUGGUGCUUGUUCCA